AUGAUGACUAUAAUAUUUGAGAACUACCAAAAAACGUAUGAAUUACCUGAACAUGCUGAUCCAAAACAUUUAGCUUCCUAUGUAACUCCAAAUAAUAUGCUUGUCAUUGAAGUACCAAUUCAUAAUCCAGAAACAGAACGUCGUAUUGCUCAAGCUAAAAAUGAUAACCAAAGUUUAGCACAAUUCGGUCAAUAUCGUGAUCUGUUAUUUGAUUAUGUUGGAUUUUUGGCUGGUUCAGAUUUUCAACCACGUAUUGUUGAUAAAGGUAACAAUCAAAAACAACUUGAAAUGUCAAUUGGAAUGAAGAAUUAUCGACCAGACGAAAUUAAAGUAUCAGUUAAAAAUAAUGAAUUAAUUGUUCAAGAUGAACAUAAACAUAAAAAUAAGAAUCGUUCAGAACGAUCAUUCUUCUUUAAAUCAACAAUAUUACCACCUGGUACACAACUUGAUCAAUUACAAUCAAGAUUAACUGAUGGUGGACGAUUGAAGAUUGAAACACCUUAUAUUGAACAAAAGGAAGCUACAAAAUCAAUUGAAAAUCCGAAGAAAUAA